AUGCAGCUGGACAAUGUCACCAAUGCGGGCAUCCACUCCUUGCAGGGGCACCGUGGAGUUGCCAACAAGCCCAAUGUGAUCCUGCAGAUAGGGAAAUGCAGGGCAGAAAUGUUGGAGCAUGUCAGGAGGACCCACCGGCACCUCCUGUCUGAGGUCUCCAAGCAGGUGGAGCGCGAGCUGAAAGGCUUGCAGAAAUCAGUGGGGAAGUUAGAAAAUAACUUAGAGGACCAUGUCCCAACUGAUAACCAAAGAUGGAAGAAGUCCAUCAAGGCCUGCCUGGCCAGAUGCCAGGAAACAAUUGCCCAUCUGGAGAGGUGGGUCAAGAGAGAGAUGAAUGUUUGGAAGGAGGUCUUUUUCCGUCUGGAGAAGUGGGCGGACCGUCUGGAGUCCAUGGGAGGCAAAUACUGCCCUCCGGACCAUGGCAAGCAGACUGUGUCCGUUGGGGUGGGAGGCCCAGAGAUAAGGCCAAGUGAGGGGGAGAUUUAUGACUAUGCCCUUGAUAUGAGCCAAAUGUAUGCACUGACCCCUCCUCCUGGGGAGGUGCCCAGCAUCCCCCAGGCCCACGAUUCCUACCAGUGGGUCUCUGUGUCAGAGGAUGCUCCAGCGUCCCCAGUGGAGACCCAGGUCUUUGAGGAUCCCCGGGAGUUCUUGAGCCACUUGGAGGAAUACUUAAAGCAGGUGGGUGGAACAGAGGAGUACUGGCUGUCUCAGAUCCAAAACCACAUGAACGGCCCAGCUAAAAAGUGGUGGGAAUACAAGCAGGAUUCUGUCAAGAACUGGGUCGAGUUCAAGAAGGAGUUCCUGCAGUACAGCGAGGGGACUCUGACUAGGGAUGCUAUCAAAAGGGAGCUGGAUUUGCCCCAGAAAGAGGGGGAGCCACUGGAUCAGUUCCUUUGGCGCAAGAGAGACUUGUACCAGACCCUCUAUGUUGAUGCGGACGAGGAGGAAAUUAUCCAGUAUGUGGUAGGCACCCUCCAGCCCAAACUGAAGCGCUUCUUGAGUUACCCCUUGCCCAAGACCUUAGAGCAGCUGAUCCAAAGAGGGAAGGAAGUCCAAGGCAACAUGGACCGCUCUGAGGAGCCCAGCCCACAGAGGACCCCUGAGCUUCAAUCAGGAGAUUCUGUGGAGAGCGUGCCUCCCUCAACCACUGCCAGUCCCGUGCCGAGCAAUGGGACUCAACCUGAGCCCCCUAGCCCACCAGCUACUGUCAUAUGA